UGAGUCUCCUUCACCAUCUCACCUACAGUUCCUCCUCUUUCUCUCUCCUAAACUAUCUUUCUCUCUCUUCCCCCUUCCCCUCAUGGCCACCGAAGAGCCCAAUAACCCUCCCCAACCGCCUUCUUCUAUUCCCCAGUAUUCAGAGAUGAUUAUGGCGGCGAUCGAGGCUCUGAACGACAAGAGCGGCUCCAACAAGUCCUCUAUCUCCAAGUACAUCGAGUCGACGUACGGAGAUCUGCCGGCGGCUCACUCCACCCUGCUGGCGCACCACCUCAACAAGAUGAAACAGAGCGGCGACCUCGUUAUGGUCAAGAACAACUACAUGAAGCCCGACCCUAACGCGCCGCCGCGGAGGGGUCGCGGCCGUCCUCCCAAGCCCAAGGUUCCUCUUCCUCCAGGAACCGUUCUCGCGCCGCCGAGGCCCAGGGGCCGUCCGCCAAAGCCCAGAGAUCCAUUUGCUCCGGUCUCUCCGCCGAAGAAGGCUUCCUCAGGAAGUGGAAAGCCACGCGGACGCCCUCCAAAGAAGCCCAAGGUGGGAACUUCGUCGGCCCCAGCGCCGGCGACUGGGGCACCGAGGCCCAGGGGACGGCCGCCAAAGGUGAAGCCGGCGGUGGUUCCUGUUGGGUGUUGAUUUGAAACUGAGAGUAGGGUUUUUAGGUAUAUUAGCUCUAAUUUAUGGUUUCUCUUCAUUAGCUUUUCAAUCUUUUUUUUUCUUUGUUUCAGUGUUGAGUGUUGUAAGCUAGUGGGUGUCUGUAAUUGCAUGUAAAUUGUGCAGCGGCUGUUUAAGGCUUUGGCCUGUCUCUCUCUCUCUCUCUCUGUCCCUCUCUCUCCUCCACCCCCUUCUCUCUAAAAAGGAUUUAAAGAGACUGAUUCUGAUUACAUUUUCCUUGCUAAUCGCUUUGUGCUUUUGCUUUUUUCCUUCCCUGUUUCACCCCUAGAAAAAAUGAAGUAGCUUUGGAUGGGACAUUGGUUUU